AGAGGGACUGUUCCUCUAAAAACAGGACAGUUAUGAUCCUGGUACUUAGUAGCGCAGUGUCUCCACCUAGCGGGAACCUACGAGUGGCCCCACUGGGAACACAGUAAUAAAACACACACACUAUUUGUUACACAGAACUUGUUUAUGUAAAAUAAAUGGGCAACUAAUAGAGACAGCACUAACCGGUGGCAAUAGGGCCUCACUAACUAACUUGCUUGCGUGGUCUGUCAGACUAAAUAACUGGAUAAGUUCUUUAAAGUAACGGAUGGCUCCUCACAGUCCAACUAAUAGAAAUGUGUAGAAAUCUGCGAGCGCUCCUUUAGUACCCUGUCACUUUAAAUCUCAGUCCUCACUCCAAAUCCUCUUUAGAUGCUUUACAGUUUGUCUUGAGUGGAGUCCAGCACAGUCAGACAUACAGUGAGACUAGCAGCCCCUUUGGAUGCUCAGAUAGGAAUCUCCUGCUGGUUGUUCCUCCAGUCUGGAUUCCUUUCACACUCUCUGUCUCUCCAGGCACAGUAUGAGGCUUCCCUGUCCCAGCCUGAUCCAAAUGUCUGAUUUUGGUGGAGCCUCUCAGCUCUCUGGGCCCACCGGCAGCUCUCUGGUCUCUCUCUGUGUCCAGCGUGUGCUUCUCUCUGCCAGGCUUUUCUCUUCUGCUACUUCCUCUUCCUGCCAGCCACUCACUAGCUGCUGUGUCACUUCCUGUAGCACUGAGAUCCUGUACAGCUGGUUGCUAGGUAACAGCUCACAGCACACAGACAGGCUCCUUUACAGGGAUAAGUGCAAAGAUUUGACACGACUUCCCUACACACAUUUUCACUCUUUGUACAAAGCAGACUGGGGCUUCCUGCAGUACUUACUGAUAUUAUCUACUUCUGUUUCUCCAAUAAUAAGGGACAGAACGGCCAGACGUUUCAUUCUCAUCUCUUUAUUGUGGAUGUUCCAGAGAUUUCUCAUGUAUCAAUGUCCUGUAGUCUAAUGACUUACCCAUAUGGCUCUGUACUGGCUCACUAAUGGCUUAUGUUUGCUGCUUCAGCAUUCCUCUCUGUUACGUGGGUUGCCAUUGGCAUUGGACUCAGUGCGCUGACUCAAUAGGCCACACAUACAAAGCAAUGCUCAGUGUACUUAAUAGGCUGUGUAUGUACUGCACAUCUAAUUAGAAAUAAAUGCCAUAUAAACCUCACUCAUCAAAAGGGGACACUUCCCCUUUAAGAGCAGGAAACAGAGGUGACUUCCACCUGGGGAUGUGACCGUUGGUUCAGUCCGUUGGUUGUCACUUUGGUGAGAGACAUCGGGCUACAGCGCGUUACCUGCGAUUUUUGUGAUUUUUUUGCAAGAUCUGCUGCUCAUUGUCAUCAGAGCAUUUUUUGGCUUCCCCCUAGUUUGAUAUAAUCCAUCCUUAUCAGAACUAGUUUUUUGGGAUAGCCAGGGUCUCCUCAGGGAGACCCCUUGGGGUACCCGGCCUUGUGCCGGUCCCUUUUAUUUUCUUCCAGAAGCGACACCAUCUUCGACUUCUGCGUUUUUUGAAAGACGUCUGAAACAUCAUGGACCGCUCCCUAGAGAUGGAGUCGGUUUUGUUGACCUGGAAGAACUUCAGGGAGGAGGAUGAGACAGACAUCGAGAGUCUCCUUUAUUUUUAUGAACAUCACUACAGGAGAGAGUUCGGGAAGAUCGACGACUUAGCCAACUUCCUGAUCCGAUAUGCAGCCACCCACCAGUACCUGACUAGGGCGAACCUGGUGUAUUACAUCUACGUGGUCAUGAAUCUGGAACAACUGGAUAACAUUGUGGCUGAUUUCCAGCUGCCGGAAUCACCUCUCAGAGACAUCAACAUGGACCCAGAGGAGGUUGCUGAAGCCUUGAAAACCUUAAGAUCAAUAUCGGAGGGCAUGGAGAGAAAACUCCUCGAGAAGGAGAAGGAGCUGGAAGAAGCUGCCAUGACCAGUCAACAGGAAAAGGUGGAGGAAGAUCACCUGCAGGAAGAGGAGACCAAUCGAGAGGAGCAAGAAGAGGUCGAACAUCAUAUAGAGGAACGAGAGAAGCAAAAUAAGGAACCAGACGAAGAUGUUCCUGCCGAAAAGAAAGAGGAUGUGGAAGAUCUGGAGAAAGAUGAUCCUCCUGAACAGCAAGAAGAAAGGAUAGAACUGGAGGAACAAGAGGAGCAAAUGCAGGAACAAGAGGAAGAUGUUCCUGCUGAAAAGCUAGAAGAGGCAGAAGAACCAGCGAAAGAUGAUCCUGCUGAAAAGAAUGAAGAGGUGGAAGAACUGGAGAGAGGUGUUCCUGCCGAAAAGAAAGAGGAUGUAGAAGAUCUGGAGAAAGAUGAUGCUCCUGAACAGCAAGAAGAGGGGAUAGAACUAGAGGAACAAGAGGAGCAAAUGCAGGAACAAGAGGAAGAUGUUCCUGCUGAAAAGCUAGAAGAGGCAGAAGAACCAGAGAAAGUUGAUCCUGCUGAAAAGAAUGAAGAGGUGGAAGAACUGGAGAGAGGUGUUCCUGCCGAAAAGAAAGAGGCUGUAGAAGAUCUGGAGAAAGAUGAUGCUCCUGAACAGCAGGAAGAGGGGAUAGAACUAGAGGAACAAGAGGAGCAAAUGCAGGAACAAGAGGAAGAUGCUCCUGCUGAAAAGCUAGAAGAGGCAGAAGAACCAGAGAAAGAUGAUCCUGCUGAAAAGAAAGAAGAGGUGGAAGAACUGGAGAGAGAUGUUCCUGCCGAAAAGAAAGAAGAAGAUGUGGCAGAAAUGAAGAAAGAUGUUCCUCUUGAACAGCAAGAAGAGGUGAUUGAACUGGAGGAACAAGAGGAGCAAAAGCAGGAACAAGAGGAAGAUGUUCCUGCUGAGCAAAAACAGCAGCAGCCAACCCGGAGAAGAAGGGUUUCAAUCAGGCUCCAGAGGAUCUGGCGUUCCACCAAGAAGUUCUUCCGAGGGAUCAACUGUCGUCGCCCCACUCCUGCGCCGUAAAUACCUUGCACCCACACUGGACCCCACACAAGCAUUCACACAUACACUUACACACACACCCUCCCUUCCCACACACACAUA